AACCUUUUUAUAUUUACACUAGUUUAAUAAUACAUUUAGCAAAGUCACCGUAACUCAGUAAGAUAGACAGAGAUAAUAUAGAAUGUAAAUCUGAACAUCCAUAUACUCCCAUCAUCCCUUGCAGUACAACCUGAAAUGUUCACCAUUAUCUUCCUUAUCCCAAUCACCUUCCUUAUCAUCACCAGUAGCCAUCAUCUUGGCACCUUCCAAGGGCUAAAUCUCUCUCUUCUCCUGCAUACAGGUUGGGAUACAACUUUUAUAAUAUGUUACGUUGCGCCACUCAGUCUAAUGCGUAUUCAGUAGGUGUUUCUCCUCUGUUUCUUAUUUGUAUUUCCUCCCCCUGCCGAUGUUGGGGUGUCCUUCUCUUGGGUUAGUGAGACCAUUCAUACAACUUAUCGUAUUUGUCGCCAUGGUACUCCUGCGAUGAGGCAUCUGUGGACAUUUUUAUCCAAAAGCCAGCGUUAGCUCGUGUUCCUGUGGUUGGCAAGUGUCAUCAUGGACCAAAUUCCCCCUCAGACACUCUAUUUCCAGUUCCCCAAAACUUAGGGAUGACCCUUAGGCCAGUUAUCUGUGCCAGAGUUCAUAGACCUCAAGCCUUAUGCUAACUGCCGAAGCCAAUAACUUAACAGAUACAAGCCUGUAGAUUCCUUGCGUUACUGCUGCGUAAAAUAAAAGUUAAAGUUGGAUCUCUGGGCUACAGCUGAUAGUUAAUUUACCCCUAAUGUAUAAGUAGCUGCAGUUUUUCUCUCCAUUGUGCAUUACUUUGCAAUUAGAAAGACAAGGUGGGUGAGGUAAUACCUUUCCUUGGAGCCACUUCAGUUGGUCAGAGAGACAAAUCUCUGAGCUACACAGAGCUCUCCAGGAGAAUAUUCUAAAAUAUCACAUACUUUUGCCUGGCUUUCUCUCUAGUUAUGUGUUGCUAAUUUAAUAUUCUCUAAGAUUUUUUUUUGCUGCCUUUCUAAUUAUAAAACAUUAACAUAAAAUAUCCUCUGAUUUUAACCUUUGCUCAAAUUCUUGAAUAUUGAAUGGCUGGCAGGGGCUGCUGACAACUUUCUAUCCAUUUAUCAAUUACUGAUAUAAAUCACGACAGGCUUUGCUUCUCUCCUCGUUUUCAGAACUGCUGAAACUUCAGGUUUUGGAGGGGAAACUAUUGCUGUGAAUCCUUCUCAGAAGAAGGGGUGAGGGAGGAGGAAAAAACUCUGGCCUCGUCCCUCCUGAGCCAUGUUUCUGGUCUCACUGAGACCAGCGUUACUCAAGAGACACUUCAAGGAAGAACAUGGAAUGACUCCAGAUUAAGAUGGGGGCAAAUAAAAUCAGGAUAUGUCCCUGUGAGGAGGGGGUUUCAGUUGUUGCUAAAGGGGGGAGGAGAAAGCCCUCAGUCUCUGUCUGACUCUCUCUCUUUCUCUCUUUCUCCCCUCAGGAUAUUGGGAUUGAGCUUCCUGGGUGAGACACUGCUGCCUGAAUUGUGAUCUGGGAGCCCAGACUGAGCAGCUGCUGCUCCCCCAGUGGGGUCUGGGCUUGGGAGUGACUUGGAGUGAAGCUUCCUCUGUGCCCAGGCAAGGCUUGACUGGCCUCUGUUCCCCAGGUCUUCGUUGUUCCCUUUUUGGAAGACAGGUUUUAUGUUUGCCCUUCUCCAGUCUUGUGGGACCUCACCAUCCUCCCGGAGUUGUCGGAGAUCAUUGUUAACUGUUCCAAGAUUGCUUCAGCUAAUUCCUUAAGUAGCCCAGGAUGAAUUUCGUUAGACCCUGCUGACUUUAAUUAAUGUAACUUAGGCUGCAGCGCAACAUCCACAUUUUCCGCCAGAUCUUUUCAUCCUUCCAGAGAAGCGAAAUGGCUGCAGUGGAGCCAUUUGAGCGGCUGGUGACUUUCGAGGAGGUGGCUGUGUAUUUCACCAAGGGGGAAUGGGCUCUGCUGGACCCCUCUCAGAGAGCCCUCUACAGAGACGUAAUGCAGGAGAACUAUGAGACGGUGACCUCGCUGGGGUUUCCAGUUUCCAAACCUGAUGUGAUCUCACAGCUGGAACGAGGGGAAGAGCCGUGGGUCCCAGACUUCCAGGGCUCUGAGAAAAAAGUGCUCCCAAGAGCUGCCUGCACAGGAAGUGACCUCUGUCUGGAUCCUCUCUCUCUCCCAUCGGGUGAUGGGAGGGUGAGUGAGAACGAGGAGAAACCCCAUCAGGAAGAUGCUGAGCAAACAGAAGCACGUGGAAUGUUACCAGGAAGAUCAAAAGGGAAUGAUUCCGGGAGUUGUGCACUUCCAGAAAAAGUCUCUGAGAGUCAGCACAGGCCAGUGGAAAACUUCAGUAGCCACUCAGACCUUAUUAAAUGUGAGAGAAUUAUCUUGGAAGAGACACGCUACACAUGCCAUGAGUGUGGGAAAGGCUUCAAUGUGAGCGCUGACCUUCUCACACAUCAGCGAAUCCACAGAGGAGAGAGACUGUACAGGUGCGCUGAGUGUGGGAAAAGCUUCAGUUAUAGCUCACAUCUUAUUAUACAUCACAGAAUCCACACCGGAGAGACGCCCUACACGUGCUCUGAGUGCGGGAAAAGCUUCACUCAGAGUUCAAACCUUAUCACACAUUACAGAAUCCACACGGGCAUGUCACCCUACAGAUGUCCUGAGUGUGGGAAAAGCUUCAGUCACAGAUCAGCCCUUAUUAGACACCAGGGAAUCCACACUGGAGAGACACCCUACACGUGCUCUGAGUGCGGGAAAACCUUCAGGCUUAGCUCAGCCCUUACCAUACACUGGAAAAUCCACAGUGGAGAGACACCCUACACGUGCAGUAACUGCGGGAAAAGCUUCAGCCAUAGCUCAGCCCUUAUUAGACACCGGAGAAUCCACACGGGUGAAAUGCCCUACAUGUGCUCUGAGUGUCGGAAACCCUUCAGGCAUAGCUCAGCCCUUACCAUACAUUGGAGGAUCCACAGUGGAGAGAGACCCUACACAUGCAAUAACUGUGGGAAAAGUUUCAGGCAUCGCUCAGCCCUUAUUAGGCAUCAGAAAAUCCACAUGGGCGAGAACUGUAACAAACGCCUUGACUAGGGCUGGCCAAAGUUUUGUUUUGUUUUUUUUUUAAAUCACAGAGGAUAGGGACACCAUUCCUUACCCAUCCUGGCUAAUAGUCAUUAAUGGACUUAACCUCCAUGAAUUUAUCCAGUUCUCUUUUAAACGCUGUUAUAGUCCUAGCCUUCACAACCUCCUCAGGCAAGGAGUUCCACAAGUUGACUGUGCACUGUGUGAAGAACAACUUCCUUUUAUUUGUUUUAAACCUGCUGCCCAUUAAUUUCAUUUGGUGACCCCCUAGUUCUUGUAUUAGUUCUUGGUAGUGUGGACAUAGCCUAAGUUUUGCUCUUCAAUCUAAUGCAUUUAUAUCACUUCUCCUCUUCCUGCUACUUUGAAAGAUUAGAAAGUGUGAAAAUAGAGCACAGGUGGUUUUUCUCAUGAUGCAGCCUUCCCACGUCGCGUGAGACCCCUUCCACCCACACUUCUCGGAGAAGACCCAGGGAGAAAUGAACUCACAGAAAUGGAAGGCUCCUUGGUUAUUGUAGAAUGUGACUUCACACAAAGCUGACUGGGUGAAAAUGGGAAUUAAGAAAAAACUGCCGUAUAGGUUUAUAUUUUGUAAUCUUUGAAUAAAUUAUCAGCCACAAUGAAAUUAAACAUGAAGUUAAUUCGUGUAACAUAAGAGGCUGAUUCCAUGAUAACUUUCAGUGUUACAAUAUAAUUCAGGUUUUCUUCUAGGUCUCUCCCUGCCCCCUCCUACUAUAUCGGAAAUGGUGGCUAAUCCUGAAAAGUAAAAUCUCACUCCAAAGGAAUUAGAGUGGGGGAACACGUAAGAGAAAUAGCAUGUACCAGAAUAGAGACCCAAUAUAGAGUGCUAUUAUUUCUAUUUCAAAUGGAAUUUAUUUUGAUAAACUUUAAAAUAAAUUUUCUGUUAA